AUGACCACCGAAAAGAAGGACAAUAUGGAAGCGCAAAUCAAGUCUGUGGACAUGACCGAGGAUAUGCAGCAGGAAGCCAUCGCCCUUGCGAUCGAGGCAAUGGAGAAGUAUCACAUUGAAAAGGACAUUGCGCAGUACAUUAAGAAAGAGUUCGACUCUCGCAAGGGUGCCACUUGGCACUGUGUUGUGGGCCGCAACUUCGGAAGCUUCGUCACUCACGAGACAAAGCACUUCAUCUACUUCUACCUCGGACACUGCGCGAUCCUUCUUUUCAAGACCCACCAAGCCACAGACAGCGCCCCAAACGCCGCUGCCUUCGAACAUCAACCUCCCUUCCUCAUCUUCACAACAGUCGUCAUGGCUUUUUGUAUCACAUUUGGCACCCAUGAGUUCACGGGCAUGCUCGAGGGCUAUGAGCAGGUGCGCGCCUACUGCUACAACUUCGUCGUUUUUGGACAUUGGACUAAUGGAAGUCCCCUCCGGCUAGGUCAACACUGGAAUGGCCAUUGUGUCACCCGAUGGCCUUUCUUCACCAUUUGCUUUAUUCCCUUGAUCCCGCUUUCAACCCACAAGUACAAGGAGGUUCUUUGUUACACCUGCCGCGUUAGCCAGGAUCUUCGGGACCGGCCUGACAUUACCCCUGAUACUCGGCCACCACCUCAUAUGGCAUGGGGUCCGCAGCCGCCCCCUCAAGCCUAUGGUGGAGGCUAUCCGCAGCAGCAGCAGCAGCAGCCGCCGCAGCAACAGCAGCAGAUGGGAUACAAGUGA